AUGACCCCUCCCCCAACCCAACCCAACGCAGUCGAACAAGACUACGACAUCUCGCAACCCCUCCACACCACCUCCGGCCUCCGCCAGGGCCUUACGUCCUACGGAGACGCGCACUUCUCCCUCUUCCUCCGGAAAGUCUUCAUCAAGGCGCUGGGAUACUCCGAAGAUGCCCUCUCGCGGCCCAUCAUCGGUAUUAUCAACACCGGCUCGGGCUUUAACCCGUGUCACGGUAAUGCGCCGCAACUGAUCGAGGCUACCAAACGGGGCAUUCAUCUGAAUGGGGGAAUCGCGAUCGACUUCCCCACGAUCAGUCUGCAUGAGGGCUUCUCGCACCCUACGAGCAUGUUUCUGCGCAAUUUGAUGAGUAUGGAUACCGAGGAGAUGAUCAGGGCGCAGCCGGUUGAUGCGUGUAUUAUGGUUGGAGGCUGCGACAAGACCGUCCCUGCUCAAAUCAUGGGCGGUAUCUCGGCCAACAAGCCCGUUCUUCCCCUCCUGACCGGGCCCAUGAUGCCAGGCAGCCACCGAGGCAGGCGCAUAGGGGCAUGUACCGACUGUCGGAACAACUGGGCCUCGUACCGCGCGGGGAAGAUAGAUAUAGAAGAGAUCAUGGAGAUCAAUGAGGAGCUGGCUCCAACCAUCGGAACCUGUGGUGUUAUGGGAACGGCCAGCACUAUGGCCUGCAUCACGGCUGCACUGGGCCUCAUCCCGCUCCAAGGCGCCUCUGCCCCAGCAGUCUCAGCUGCUCGACUACGCAUCGCCGAACAGACCGGCGCGAAUGCCGUCGCGGCCGCCAAAGAGCAAAGAACACCUCAGAGCCUUCUCUCUGCCAAAUCCCUCUACAACGCUGCCGUCGUUCUCCAGGCUAUUGGUGGGUCCACCAACGCCAUGGUCCACCUCAUGGCCAUGGUAAACCGCCACCCCCUACUCCGCGGCAACUUCAAGUUGGAAAAAUUGGACAUAAUCGGUCAAAGCACACCUCUCCUGGUCGACCUGAAACCCAGCGGCGACAACUACAUGACCGACUUCCACAACGCAGGCGGCAUGGUAUGCCUCCUCAACCGCCUACGGCCGCUGCUCUACCUCGACGCGCAGACCAUCACCGGCGAAACCCUCGGCGAGGUGCUCGACCGCACCCCCUUCCGCGACUUCGACUACUCCCGCACCAUCAUCCGGGAUAUGUCAAACCCCGUACACCCCUGUUCCUCAUUGGUAGUCGUCCACGAAAACAUCGCCCCCAACGGUGCGGUGAUCAAGGCCUCCGCCUCGAAGGAGAAGCGUCUCCUCCACCACAAAGGCAAAGCAGUGGUGUUCGAGAACUCGCAGGACCUGGCCCUCCGCAUCGAUGAUCCUGACCUCGAUGUCACUGCUGACUCGGUCCUAGUUCUCAAGGGAAUCGGCCCGAUCGGAAACCCCGGUAUGCCCGAGGCGGGCAUGAUUCCUAUCCCGCGCAAACUGGCUGCGCAAGGGGUGACGGAUAUGCUUCGCGUGUCGGACGGUCGGAUGUCUGGGACUGCGGGUGGGACUAUAGUGUUGCAUGUGUCUCCUGAGUCGGUGGUUCCGGACUCGCCGUUGGGGGUUGUGCGGACGGGGGAUUUGAUUGAGUUUGAUGUGGAUGGGAGAAGACUGGAGCUGUUGGUUAGUGAUGAGGCGUUGCGGGCGAGGAUUUUGAAGAGGAAGGAGCAGCUUUUGAGUACGAGGGAGGGAGAGGAGCCAUCGCUUUGGUUGCAGAGGCAGACUCGCCGGGGGUAUAGAGGUCUGUAUGAACGGACGGUCAAUCAGGCGCAUGAGGGGGCGGAUUUCGACUUUCUGGUCGCUACGGGGCCGCAGUAUUGA